CCAACAAGCAGUUGCUCGACGCCGUCAUCUUCUGCCACGGACGCCACUUCAUCAUCGCUAAUAAAUGAAAGCCUUCGCCACAACCGCCCUCCCCCCACUCUUUCUCGUCUCUUCUCAAGCGUAGGGGAGGCAAAAUGGGAGGCUCCCAGCUGCUCUCUCCCCCUCCGAAGCUCCUCGGCUUCAUUCUCUUCCUUCUAUGGCUGCAAGAAUUCUACAAAUUGGAGAACGUACUUCUUCAUAGCUUUGCGCUGGUGAAUCAGCAAAAUGAGGAAAAGGAGAACACUUUUAUGCUUGCUGCUUCUCCAAAUAGUGCGCCACAACCUUUCCUUCCUCUUCUCGCACCUUCCCCAAUGGGGACACCAUUUUUCCACAACAGUACUCCAAAGUUAUCAGGGCGGUGCACAUUAAACUUCACUUCAGUUGACAGUUUAAUGAGUACAACUGCUGUUGAUUGCUGGACCUCUUUUGCUCCUUUCUUGGCCAAUGUAAUUUGCUGUCCUCAGUUUCAAGCCACUCUUACUAUUCUAAUAGGGCAAUCAAGUAAAGAAACAGGGAUGCUUGCUUUGGGUUCUACCCAUUCAAAAUAUUGCCUAUCAGAUAUUCAACAGAUACUUGGAAGUCAGGGAGCUAGUAGUGAUCUUCAAGAAAUUUGUUCAAUCCACUCAUCUAACCUUACCAGAGGAUCCUGCCCUGUAUAUGAUAUCAAUGGGUUUGAGAGUGUUGUCGACUCUUCUAAACUCCUGUCUGCGUGCAGGAAAGUCGAUCCUGUUACUGAAUGUUGCAGUCAAAUCUGCCAGAAUGCAGUACUAGAAGCGGCAAAUAAGCUUGCCUUGAGAAAUGGUGAAUUGAUGGCAAGCUUCUCUAUCAGUAAUAGUUUAAUUGAGCAUUCAUCUAAAAUUGAUAGUUGCAGAAGCAUCGUCCUUAGGUGGUUAUCUAGUAGACUCAAUACAGCAUCUGCCAAACUAUUUCUGAGACGGCUAUCCAACUGCAAUGUCAAUAGAGUUUGUCAACUGGAUUUUCCAGAUACCAAGGCUGUUGCAGAAAAUUGUGGCAAUAUGAUUAAAAACAAUACUACCUGCUGCCAUUCUAUGGAAAAUUAUGUGUCCCAUUUACAGAAGCAAAGUUUUAUAACCAAUUUGCAGGCUUUGAGUUGUGCCACCUUGCUUGGUCUGAAAUUGCAAGAAAUGAAUGUUAGCACAAAUAUUUAUAGUUUGUGUCAAAUAACUCUCAAAGAUUUUUCACUCCAAGCAGUUGGAACUCAAGAGUCUGGAUGCCUUCUUCCAAGCUUGCCGUCAGAUGUAACUUUUGACCCAUCUUCAGGGUUCAGUUUCACUUGUGACCUGAAUGACAACAUUGCAGCACCAUGGCCCUCUGCAUCUCAAAUAUCAUCAUCUUCAUGCAACAAGUCUGUUAAUUUUCCAGCACUUCCAGCUGCGACAUCUUCACAGUUUGAUUAAUCCUCAGCUAUGGUUUCUUAAUAUUGAUCGGCAGUUAUGGUAGUGGAUGCUCGGUUCCUCCAUAAAAAGUUUUGAUGGCUGUAGUUGUUGAUGCUUGAUGGUGUAUUUAGUGUUUAAUUUAGUUUUUUUACCUACUAUGGUAUUAGCUGUGAAGUCCACAGCAUUGAAUACCAUAUUCAAAUGAAGGGUUCAGGAAGAGGUCUUAGUUCUUGGGUUUAUGAAUCUAGUUUCGUCUUGGAGUCUUCUUAAGCUGAGUAUAGUUAGGUUCUCUCUGAUACAUUUUACAGGUCUAGUUAGUCUAAGACAAUGGUUAAUUGUGGACUUUGAAAAUGAAUGUGGCUAGUUGCAUGGUAAUCCCUUGCACUGAGCUUUAUCGUAGUUGCAAAACAGCAACUGGAGGACUCAAAACAGGCUCGGGUGACUGAAGUCCCUUCUCAACUUGUCAAUCCUAUCCCCUCACCAUGGUACAAGGGACACUAGAGAUGGGAUACCGAUCAGAACUAAUUGGUUAAAACAAUAUUGUCAUCCAAAAACAAAUUUAUCCAUUCCAGCACUCCAACUUUUCCAAAUUGCUGAUGACUGGUUUCCGUCACUUUUAAAUAAAUUGCUAUGCUUCAGUCGCAGUCCUGAUAUUUAAGAAGCAAUUUCUCAAUUUGACAGAGCAGCAGUCUAGCUACAAACUCGUCUUCUUUCAUCUGAGAAUUCCAGAUAUACAAUUAAAUUCUUAGCUGAAGUUUAAAUCAUUAUUUCACAGGUCAAACUGUUUAUUUGGUUGGAUUCACUCAUCUUUGUCCAACUUGUCAUUCAGGCUAUUUCUUAGGAUUCAUCUUUCAGAAUAGUUCUCUGAUUGCGUUACAAACUUUAACACUUGCUUGUCUCAGGUAGUUGGGACAUUUUUACCUUAUUGUUUUGUGGAAUGCUUCUUACAUAUUGAUUUCUU